AUGCAGUUAAUAAGAUCGGGGUACGGGACACCGGACGCUGAGUUCGAUGCUGCACGGGACGCCACAUGCAGAGCUGAAAUCAUGUUUCCGGAAAUUCAGAAGGUGCCGGGCUCACUUGAUUCUCACCUUUUGAUUCAUUGGGAAAUUCACCCAAGAUAUACGCUUUUGGUGCUCUCUGUUCUUGUUUGUUUUUUUAUUGAUAUUUACAUCGACAUGGGUGAUACUGACUUGCCACAGAGUUCCAAUGGAAACCGGUUUUCGAAAUUUGUUAACGAGGUUCCUCUGGAUGAUUUCGUUGAAAUUCCUCUCUUUUCUGAUGGGGAAAGUGAUACCUGCGAGCCCCAUUCUAGAGCGACCCCACAAGACGCAAAGCAUUCUCUAAUCGAGUUAGAACCGGUCUUCCCUCCGCAGUCCAACUCGCACUCGGCCAUACAAGCUUUUUUCGAACCCACGUACACACCGUCUCCCAAACGCUAUGCAUCUAAUUUACGCUCACCUGUCGAUGGCACGAGUUGUCAAGAUAUGGAGGAUGAUGUCGAAGAUGAUCUUAACUUUAAUGAAGACUUAGCCAAUGCAAUACAGUAUCAAUGUUCUCUCUUCAGUCCAUCCCUUGUUCACGCCAUUAACUCAGAUAUUAAGGAAAUAAAGCGCUCACUGACUACUUCUGCUGCUUCAGAAGACGAUAAACUGGGUUUCCCACAAAAGCAAGAAUCGUUUGCCUGUUCAACAUCCUUUCAAAUGAAGGAGGCACAAAACUCAAGACGAAUUAAAAAUGACGAAGGUAUUUUUAAACCUGAUCUGACAUUUAAGUUUCAUCGACACAGAAAACAUUCCGGAGGCCGCAGAAGGCAUGAGCAGUCAAGAUCGUUUUUCGUUAAAAGAAGGCUUCAUUCAACGAAAGUCAAGAUGAUCAAGUCGACUGGACAGCCGGAUGGUGGUAAGAAGGAUGAGUUGACGGUCCGCCAGUGGAGCUUCACAGCGCCCUCCAACGCUAUCUACAGUACCUCGGAGAGCAGCAGUACCGCCACCAACUCGGACGCCGAGGACUCGGCAACCUCAAACUCCUCUCAACCGCCAUCGUCGCUACCGUCACAGGUCGUCUCUCGACUUAAUAACACCGAUGCCACCACCAUAGGGAUGCAGGAUGGCGAGUGGUCUCUAAAACGCUGUCCCCCAUGCCCUCGCACCUUGCGUCCGCCUGCCGGUGGGUCUCCAGAUAGGCAAAGUAGUGAGGUCUUGGGCUCCGCCCUCGAUUCCAGUUCCAUCGCACAGUGUUCACAACACGUGAAGAAAUCGCAAGCGUCUGAACCUGAUUAUGGGAGUGACGAGGACACUGAUCAGCUUCUAGGCAAGCAGUACCGUUCUGACAAGCCCGUUGAAAUUCCUGAAUUGAAGGAAGAAGCGGAGUACUUGUCUGUGAAGAAACGCCGCGGCCGGGAGGUUGCCGUUCAUCAUCCGGAUUUCCCCCAACGCCCAAUCGAAGGCUGUCUCUACCGCUCGCGCUACCUGGGCAGCACCCAACUGCCCUGCGAAGACUAUCCCUCCAAAUCCAAUCGUCUCCAUCAGGCGCAGGAGGCGGUCCAAAGAGUCAAGGCUCCCGACGGAGAAACCCAGCCAAGUGUUCCCGUCGAACUUUUUGUCUCGACGGAGCGCAUCCUCAUUUUGAAUAAGGACCUUGAUGAGAUAGUGAUGGACUACGACCUGCGCCUCAUCUCUUACAUUGCCGACGUGGGCAGUAUCCUAGUGCUCAUGGUUCGUCGCCCCCAUCUGCCGGCCCGACGCUGCAGCCCCUCCACCGCCACUUCCCUCUUAACUACGGCCACGUCCGCUACGGCAUCUGCGCCCCCGCCACCCCCCGCAGGCUUACUUGAUGGCCCCUUAGCCAACAAUUCUAUUAAUGGUAGCAGCAGUAGUCCCAGCUGCAGCGACAUUAUCGACGCCAAUGCUGAUCGUGAUUGCAACCCGCCCAAGAUUGUCUGUCAUCUUUUUGAAAGUGAUGAGACGCAGAUGAUCGCGCAAGCUAUUGGCAAGGCCUUCCAUGAGGCCUACUUCGAGUUUCUACGACAAAAUGGUGUCGAGGAUCCAGAGGCUUUCCAGGAGCACAACUACCAGAAAAUACUUCACCAACAGGAGAUCUUCCGAAACGAGUUGGCCUUCUUCGCUGACAAGGAGCAAGAAAAGGAGGUGAUUGUGCCAAAGCAGAAGGGCGAGGCGCUGGGUGUGGUGAUAGUGGAGUCGGGUUGGGGCAGUGUGCUGCCCACUGCCGUGCUCGCCAAUAUGCACCCCUCUGGCCCUGCGGCGCGCUGCGGGCAGCUAAACAUUGGCAACCGCAUCAUCUCCAUCAACGGCCAAAGUCUCGUCGGCCUCCCCCUCGCCACCUGCCAGUCUCUCUUCAAGGCGGCGAAGAACCAGACGGCGGUGAAGCUAGUGAUCGUGAACUGCUCGCCAGUGGUGGAGGUGCUAAUCCGACGGCCAGACCAGAAGUUCCAGCUGGGUUUCAGCGUUCAAGACGGAGUAAUCUGUAGCCUCCUGCGUGGCGGGAUUGCGGAGCGCGGUGGCAUUCGCGUGGACCACCGCAUCAUCGAGAUCAAUGGAGAGUCGGUGGUUGCGGUGCCUCACGAGCAUAUUGUCAAUCUCCUCGCCACCUCCAUCGGCGAGAUCUAUCUUCGCACAAUGCCGACUUCUAUAUUUAGACUGCUGACCGGGCAGGAUACACCCCAUUACAUCUGA